CCAAGAGCCCCACCAGUACUCAGUCCCCCAAAUCCUCCUUCUUGGCCAGUCUUAACCCAAAGACCUGGGGCAAGCUGGGAGCCCAGACCAACAACGCCAACUCAGAGCCGUCGCGCACAGCGGGGGUCAGCGGGCUGGCGAGGGCCCCGCCCAAGGACUCAAUUUCAAAUAACAGAGACAAAAUAAAAGCCUGGAUCAAAGAAACGGCCAGUAAGUUUGUGGAGCGCUACUUCAGCUCUGAAAAUGUGGAUGGCAGCAACCCCGCACUGAAUGUACUCCAGAGACUUUGCACAGCCACGGAGCAGCUCAACCUGCAGGUGGACGGUGGCAUCGAGUGCCUGGUGGAGAUCUCCAGUAUUGUAUCAGAGUCCGACGUGUCGUCCUUUGAGAUCCAGCACAGCGGGCUGGUGAAGCAGCUGCUCGUCUACCUGACCUCCAGCAGCGACAGGGAGCUGCUCAGCCGCGACGUCCGGCUCAAGAGGUUCCUCCACGUGUUCGCUGGCUGUCCGGUGAGAGACCUGAUCACGCUCUAUAGAGAGUGCUGCUAUUUCUGUAGGGUGACCCUGAAGUUAGCAAUUCCAUGGGUUUUGAAAAACUUCUGAAAAUAAGCUCUGUGG